UCGUUCGUUACGCUCAACGUUGGCGCAGCGUGAGGGGAAGGGGAAACUUGUCCAAGAUGGCGGCGACCACUGAGAAUAGCAAUGCCGGCGCUGGCAGUAAAAGAAAACACUUAGGAAUCCCCGAAGCAGUGUUUGUGGAGGAUGUGGAAGCGUUCAUGAAGCUGCCUGGCAAUUGCACAGCGGACGCAGUGCUGAGGAAACUGGAUGAGCAGUAUCAGAAAUACAAGUUCAUGGAGCUGAACCUGGCUCAGAAGAAACUGAGGUUAAGAAGUCAGAUCCCCCAAAUUAAACAGACAUUAGAAAUUUUAAGACACAUGCAGAAGAAAAAGGAGACCACAGAUCCCAUGGAAACCCGAUUUCUAUUGGCUGACAACCUCUACUGCAAAGCCUUGGUCCCACCCACAGAUAAAGUGUGCUUGUGGUUAGGGGCGAAUGUGAUGCUGGAGUACGAUAUAGACGAGGCCCAGGCGCUGCUAGAGAAGAACCUGGCCACCGCCACACGGAACCUGGACUCGCUGGAGGAGGACCUGGACUUCCUCCGAGACCAGUUCACCACCACCGAGGUCAACAUGGCGCGCGUGUACAACUGGGACGUGAAGAGGAGGAACAAGGACAACCCUUCCAAGAGCGGCGACAAGUCUUAAGGGACACGCCUUUCUCAAGAGCCCAGCAUUCUUUUCUGUUCUAUAAAAUCAGCAAGUUUAUUUUUUUAUUUUAUUCAGAGACUGGAUAUCCUUCACACUCACACCACUUUCCAAGCCAACAGAUCCCCGCUAGCGGCGAGGCAAGGCGCAAGAGUCAGAGCCUCGGCACGCUUGGAGUAGCCCGUGGAGGCGGUGAUUGGGGGCAGUGGCUGAUGGGCGUCCUUGUAUACAUUCUAUAACCAGGCAUUCAGCAGUAUUGCUGUGGCCACUUAAGAGUGACCCUGUGGCCACCAAAACCAUUUAGAGUUCCACUGGCCACCCCCUUUUUUUUUUUUUUUUUUUUAAUUAGCACCACGCCUUUCAAGUUUAGUGGAGAAGCUGUGGCUGCCAGUGCACUGUGGUAUUUAUUUGUCUGUAUAAAGAAAAGAAAAAAAAAAAGCCAAGUUGAUUUGACGCAUGGUCUGAUGUGUGUGUGCUUGUUUUAUCUAUGAAAUGAAUUGUUAUUGAAGAACAAUGUUGAUGGUGUCCUUGUUAAUAGCUAAGCUCUGAUCGUUAAUCCUGGUCUGCACUCCUCCACCCCUCCCAAGUGUUUCUGCACCGUUCCCUUGUAACCACAGCGACCCCUGCAGGUGAAAUGCCUCGGGCGCCGUGGAAGAGUGUCUCCCCUCUCAUCUUGUCUUUGUAGUGUGUUGUAGCUGGCAAUGGCAGGGUUGAUCCAGCCAAGUAUUCUCAUUAGUAAUCACUUCAGGGAGUGGAUAGCUCCAGUGUAUCCUCUUCAACCACACAAAGAACAGAGGCCCCCUCUCGCCUGCAGUCUCUGCACAGCACUCUAGAUUGAUCUGCAACGCCACAAAUCACCUGCUCUGAGCUCUGUGCUGAAAGACUUGACCCGCCUCCCUUCCAUACCAGUGCUUCCCCACUCUAACCCUUGAUGACUGUUCCACUCCAGGACUUUGUUCAGUGACGGCAGGGAAGGAAAGACCUGUUGCCGAGCAGUGUGAGCCAUUCCUGGUUUUACUAGGAGUUUAAUAAGAGGCACUGGAGCUGAUCAAGCACAUGCUCAAACCUGGAGUGGCUGAAUCUGCUAUGCAAUAGAGGUCUCUUCUAUCUCUGAACUGGACUUGAAUGCACUCGAGUGCCUGAGUUGGGAACCGCUGCUCUGCACCCCUGGAUCUCAGCUGUGUUUCCCAAGUUACGUUAAACGGCUUGUUUUAUCCUCCGAACGCACUGGCACACGACAACACCAAACUUGGCGCACGCUGGUUAAUGUAAAAAAAAAAAAUUCAGUGAUUGGAAGUUGCCAGCAAAACAAAUAAAUGCAAUUCCAACAGUCUG